AUGGACGCAACUAUGCAAGCGGAGACCUCUCCACUACUCCGACUGCCUACGGAGCUUCGUCUAAUUAUCUACGAACACCUUCUACUUCCUUUUGUUUCAACCAAUGCCGCCGGCGAGAUCAACACGCCUAAACGCGGCCCUAGAAUUACGGCGUCGGAGUACCAUGAGUAUGAGAUGGGUAGCAAUAGCAACGCCUUCGCCUCGGGUCCACGCACCCUGCGAAUCCGCACCAUGGACCCAACCUCAUUACCCCCUACCAGGCGGACAAAAUACCACAUCCGGAGCGACCGUUUCCGAACCCGCACGACGAUGACAACGUACGCUCUGCAACAAAAUCCAGGCCUCCACACGGCCAUACUGCAGACUUGUCGUCAGUGCCACGCUGAGGCAGCCGAGCUGCUAUAUUCAUCUUACACCUUUGACUUCGACACUCACGUCGAAGCCGUGAUACCUUUCCUGGCGGACCUGACUCCCAUAGCACGCGCCAGCAUCUCCAGCGUGGCGCUCAUCAAACGCGCACUGCCGUACGUCAAGGAGUUUGACCGCGCAGAGUGGCAUUCGGCAUGCGAGUACAUGGCGACAGAGCUCACCAUCCCCACACUGCGGCUAAGCCUGGGCGUCGUGGCGGGGAAACCCGGACCCAACGGGUGGGUCGACGUGCCCGAGCUGACGGUCGACCAUUUCCGGCUCGUGCAGCCGCGCUCGGCUAUUGCGGGCGUCGAGUUCGAGUGGGCAGAGCAGCUCAUGUGGAUGCGUGGCUUGAGGGCCAUGCAUGUCAGAGCUAUCAUCGAGCAUUGCCCGCCGCCCGAGAGCGAGACGAUGGCGUUCUGGGUGAGCUUUUCGAAGAGCAUCGAGGGCGCUUUUAGCGAUUGGAUCAGGGGCAUUAUGCUUGCAUAGGCUCUAUUGUUGGUGUUUUGUCGCGGCGUCGGUACGGUUUGGAUUGAAUCAACCCUUUUCCAAGUUUACUAUUCGGUUGCCUCUUUUAUGGACCAUAGACACGGGAUUCGAGAGGAAAAUGGGGGCGUUGUUAGCAACGGGCAAUUUGGUUAUGAGAUUCUUGUUGAAAGCUGUGUUAAAGAUACGUCUUUACCUAUGCAGUUUAGCCCGUAA